CGCGCGAAGCCCAAGACGCUCGUCUGCAGCUUGCUGGGCAAUUCACGUGAGAUUCGACCGAUGCGUUUAGCUCGCUGAACAGUUUUUGGAAAUUGUGAUCGAUUUCAGGAGAGCUUGGAUCAUGCGCUUCCGCAAGCUCAUCAGCGGCACCUGCAGAGUCGACGCGGGCGAAUGGCUCGACACGGACGAGGACAGCGCUUGGUAUGCCGGUCUGCGGGAGGCGGUCCGACGCUGCCGCGACGACGACGACACGCGCCACGUCGCCUACGAGGACUUCGACGCCGCCGGGCGGGCGCUCGUGGACAAUGGCGUCGCCCGCAUUCUGACAGCGAUGAAGGACAGCGCGUUCGUGCCGCGGUGGUGCCGUCUGGAGCGGCACAAGGCCUUUGUCAUAUCUUAUGAUGCCGCUCACGAGUGCUCGUCGCACGCCGAGCAUGUUGACCCAGGCAGUGAUGUCACGAUCAAUUGCCCGCUCACGCCGGAUGACGAGUAUGAGGGCGGAGAAUUGAUGGUCCGGGUGUUUCCGAGUGCGCCGCAAUUGAGAAAGGAGGCAGAUAAAGAAGACGCCCUCCGCUACCUCGACCAGGUCAAGGCCGAGUCCCGCGACGAGCCCGAGAUCUAUAAUGAGUUCCUGCGUAUCAUGAAGUCCUAUAAGACCGCGCAGAUCGGCACGCCCAAAGUUAUUAGAAGCGUCUCCGCGCUCCUCGCGGGCUACCCGCAACUCCUCUACGGCUUCACGUUCAUAAUAAAUCGAUACGCGAUCGAGGUUCCGGCCUUGAAGGUGACGCCGCGCCGCGGCGCCCUAGUGAUCCACGGCGGCGGAGUCCAGCACGGCGCCAGAGAGUUGACGCGCGGCGCGCGGUCCGCACUCAUAAUUUGGACGAAGCGGGCGUGCGCGUUUGAGAACUUUAGGCGCGUUCCGGACGACGUCCAGCGCAAGCACCUGUUGCCGUAUUGGACGUGGCGCGAUCAAGUGGCCUUCGCGACGGCGACGACACGGUGUAGGCGGCUCGUGGCGCCGCUCUGGGCGGCGCGGCGCGUUCACAUGGAUCGGGCCCUGGACAUGGAGCGUCUUGGGGGUGUUCUCGCGCAGGAGAAAAUUGACACGAUACGGAGCAUCAUCACACACUCCGCGCCGCCCGGUCGCGACGCCAUCGCGGGGACCAUCUCAACCCUGGUCGCGGUGUCGGAAGUCGCUCUUUCUUCCGUGACACCGGCGUGGCGAAAGACCGCAAAGCAGCACGAGUUCGUCCUCGUGGCGCUCGACAGCCUGCUUCACGAUGUCGUUGUUAUGCGAUAUCGCGACCUGCCCUGGAACCUGUGGUUCGACAAGGAUCUUGUGAAGAGUGAGUAAAAAUUAUA